AUGGACGAGAUGUUAGAACCAUUCCAUGGAUGUGGCAAAUUCAGGCAGUAUAUAGCAAACAAGUCUGCAAAAUAUGGCAUCAAGGUAUAUGCGCUCUGUGAUGCCAGAAUGUUUUAUAAGCAAAAUAUGGAAUUAUAUGCAGGCAAACAGCCUACUGGGCCAUAUCAAGUACCCAAUGAUGCAGGGAAUGUAAUGUUACGAUUGAUUCGACCGAUUGACAAACCAGCCAGAAACAUGGCAAUGGACAAUUAUUUUACAUCUAUACCAUUGGCUAACAAAAUGUAUGCCAAUCAUCAACUCACAAUAGUAGGUACUCUAAAAAAGAAUAAAAGAGAAAUUCCACUGGAACUUCUAGACAUAAGGCAUAGGCAAUUAAAUGGCUGCAUAUUCGUAUCUGAAGAAAAACCAAGCAACAACUGA